ACAGGGUACUGUACAAACGGAUGUAUUGCGGGGUAUUACGGUUUCAUUUGUUGUAUACGGUGUGGUAAUUGCAACCCUGAUACUUGUGACAGAUACUAUGGAAAUUGUUCUGUAUGUGAUGCAGGAUUUUAUGGAGACAAAUGUAAAACACAAUGUAGCUCAACUUGCUUAAAUGGGUCAUGCAGGAAAAGCGAUGGGUAUUGUUUAGGAUGCAGAGAUGGAAAUUUUGGUUCUCAAUGUAGGAAAAAUUGCAAUGAACACUGUGUUUUAAGAAGUUGUGAUCAAAACACCGGUCAGUGUAAUAAAGGUUGCGAGAUCGGAUAUUAUGGUUCCUUUUGCAACAUUUCAUGUAGUCCUAAUUGUGCACAAACUAGCUGUAACAACGAUGGAACUUGCAUUGGAGGAUGUUUAUCAAAUUGGACAGGAAUUAGAUGUGAUGAAUGCGACCUAAACCAUUACGGAAUUAACUGUUCCAUUGAAUGUAAUACGUCAUGUACAUCAGGAUGUUAUAGGGAUACUGGCUUGUGUAAAGGUUCUUGUGAAGUUGGCACAUUUGGAAACUUCUGCAACAAAACAUGUAAUGCUGAUUGCAGAAAUGGAUGUCACAAAGACAAUGGCAAUUGCAAAGAUUGUGUAGGUGGAAAAUUUGGAGCCAUGUGUCAAAAUAAUUGCGGAAAGGGGUGCACUUCCAACUGCGUCCAAAAUAAUGGGAGUUGCACGUGUAAAAUAGGAUGGCAAGGGACCGCCUGCAAAGACUGUAGUCCUCACUAUUACGGUGAAGUUUGUGAACACAAAUGUAGCACUGGCUGUGUAAACGAAACCUGUCUUUCGAAUGGAUUAUGUAUUGGAGGGUGCAAAGGCGAAAGUCUUGAUGAAAAAUGUACAGUGAAACAGAAAUCAUCAGAAAAAAAUACAAAUUCAAGUUUGACAACAUCAGCUCUGUACGUUGUGACAACAGUUCUCUUUAUAAGUAUUUUGCUCAACGUAUUCUUCAUUGUUCGAAAUGUCAGAAAAACCAUUUAUAAAAGACAGAACUCAGAGGAUAUACGUAAUCAACAGGAUCCAACACAAGACCUAAACACACCUUCAUAUGACAGUGUUGAAGAUAACGCAGGUUACCAAGAACUUGGACAAUUAAGUCAACCAUCACAUUACGAUAAGCUCAAGUGAAUGUGGUUUUAAUUGUGUUUGUAGCACUGGUUUUUUUACUUUUGUCUCAA